CUAUUUGUUAUACCGCUAUCGUUUGCAAAUUUUCGGCUAUAAUCUUUGUUUUGUUUCUUAUUACUUCCUUACUAUUUCUGCUCAAGAAUGGCAUCAGAAGUUUUAGUGGAUGCAUUGCCUUACUACGAUCAAGGAUAUGAAGAUCCAGGCGUUAGGGAAGCUGCUCAAUCUUUAGUUGAUGAAGAAACACGUCGAUAUAGACCUACUAAAAACUAUCUGGAACAUUUACCCUCUGCCAAUUACACAGCUUUUGAAACAGACGUAAUGAAACAAGAAUUUGAAAGAUUACAAGCUAGAGCUCCAAUGGAAGUAUUAAGCAUGAAACGUUAUGAAUUACCUCAGCCUCCAGCUGGCAAAGUAACAGACUUUAGUUCUUGGCAAGAGAGCGUAAAUAAUUCUCACGCUCAAUUGGAACAUCAAGCAUUAAGAAUAAUGAACUUGAACCUUUUAUCAACUUAUGGUCCUGAAGUAUGGAAGCAACAUAACGACACCCUCCAAUACAUGCUUCGCAGUGCGCAGAAGCAGCUUAGCGCUUUGAAGAAAGAAAUUCAAGAUAUAAAUUGGAAUAGGAAGAGUGAGCAAACGACAACUGGUGGUAAUCUUAAGGAAUUAGAAGAACGUUGGGUGGUACUUGUUGGUAAAAAUUAUGAAAUAGAGAGUGCAUGCAUUUCGCUAGAAAAAGAACUACAAGCACUAGAAAACUCAACAAAACAAAUAGUAACAGUAAUGACAGGAAAAGUUAUAGUUUUAACAUCAGAAUCUCAUUUUAAUGAGUUGUUGAAAGAAGCGGACGAUAAAAUUGUUGUUGUCGACUUUUUUGCUGCAUGGUGUGGACCUUGUCGAAAGAUGGUACCCAAGUAUAAACAGCUAGCCAACAAAUAUAAAGAUGUUGUUUUUAUUAAACUUGACAUUGAAGUAUUUGAGAACAUUGCCGAAAGGCAAGGGAUUACAUCUUUACCAACGUUUGUAUUAUAUAAACAUCAGAAGAAAAUUGAUGAAAUAUGCGGGGCAAGCGGCGAUAAUUUGGAAGAUCUUAUACGAAAACAUUGUCACAUUGAUCACGGUUUGUACACAGAAGAUCAGUCUAAUAAAGGAUCGAUUAUUGAAAGAUUUUGGAAAAUGGCUAUGAGAGUUUUUUGCGGUAAUACUGACGAUUACGUCACAGAUCAUCCAGUUGAUUCAGCAUCGCAUGGGUCAACAAGAUUGGACUAAAGCAAAUUUUAACUAUUGUCACUUCGGUGCGGAUGUAUUUAAUCGUUUUCUUUAGCAAUCUAUUCCAGUAAUUACUAAAGCACCAUUGGACAGCAAAAGAAUAUAUAAUUAGUACUCAUUUAAAGAUUUUUAUUAAGGAGAGUCUCUGAAAGAAAUAAAUUUUCGUUUUAUUUCUUUUGUCAUCGUAUCCUUGUUACUUGGAUUGAAUAGAUGAUAGAUCGGCCGAAGUAGGGUCUAUUGAUCUGAAAUUUGUCAAAGGACUUUUAACUGAUGGAUUUUUCGAGCUUUCUAUAACUUUGUUCCAUAAACAUUUUUCGGUCUUCGACGGAAGCGUGUUAUUUUUAUUUCGAUCGCCUCCGGCCUCUGAACCAAGGGCCGCGUUAAGCCGUGUUGCUAAAAAUCGAAUUGUGUCACGAAGGCCCCACCAAUCGUUAAGUGGAGCGUCUCUUCUGGCAUGGGACGUAGCCUCAUCCAACCCAAGUUUAAGUGCUUUAUUUAUGUCGGACACUAAGGCAGCCAUUGAUGUUGCAUCAGUCUCGUGGCCGGUAUUACCAAUUUUUAUUAUUUCAUCCUUAUCCUUUUGAUGUUUAAUUGUAGAAACUGAAAGAAGUCUUGCCCUAAACACAUUAAGUAUACACGGUUUAUCAUAUCCGAAUCCUUUCCAUUUUAAUCCAAUAUGUCUCGCUCUCAUUCCACCAAGUAUAAUCAAUUUGCGAUGCACUUGUUCUAAUACGGUACCGACUUUUAACAGUAGAGCUAACCAUUCUACAUUUCUCAUAAAGUGAGUUCCUGCCGCCCUUCUCGCCUGUUCCAUAUCGACUAAUUGUUGUAGGCUGGUCGAUUGUUGCCUUUCGUAAUCACCAAUGAACUCUACUACUAAAGCAAUACUGACGAAUGGGUGCUCUAAAUGGGGUGCUAAAUGUAUAAAGCCAAAAAAUUUGGGAGCAAUAUUUGGAUCAGAUUGAUAAAGAUGUUGCAUCAUUUUAGCCUCUUUGACAACCAGAACGACAUUCGCAUUAUUAUAAAUCUUUACGCAGACUGUAUGAUUCUGAAAUUCCCCUAAAAAACACGCUGCCCUUGAUCCUGAUCCCAGACAUAUAGGUUCGCCUGUUUCUUUUUGUCGAAUGAACUUUACCUGCAUCAAUUUAGUUUUAUGAUUGAAGUUGGCUAAAGAUUGGCUAGAGAAAAAUAUACAUUGUUUGCAAAUAUACAAACCUCGUUAGAAUUUAAAACUGGUAACUGAGGAAGAAUACAUUCGACCGCUCCCAUACCACGUUUGGCCCCAGUUACCUCAGCGUAAGAUCUACUCCAUUUUGUUCUUAAAAGCCUAUAAUCAGCCUCUUGAGUUCUUUCCUCUUGAUCAAACUCUAAGUGGACACCAGUAUAAGGGGUGUUGCUCAAAUUCUUGUCAAACCCGCCCAGGGAC